AGCCCGGAUCCGUCAGAGGGCUGCUGGCCCUUUAAGGAUGAUGCAGCGGGACCAGCCGAUGUAGGACGAGCUGACCGUCGGUGCGCCCGCCCGCCUGCCGCCGCUGCUCCGCAUCAUGGCCUCCGCACCGCCGAGGACCAACCGACCACCCCGCGGCCCUGCCCUUCCCGCAGCGGAGACGGACGUCAAGCCGAAGCAGCGGCACCGGUAGAGGCGAGCCGCUCCGCCCCCCCUCCGCCCCGGUCUCCUCCAUGCCUCCGUCCAAAGCCAAGUUCAGCUAUCCGAUAAAGAGGGCUGCGAACCCGGGCGACGGCGGCGGCGGCGGAACCAUGAGCCGGGAUUAUUCCGUGAACCUGUCGGUGCAGCAGGUGCUGAGCCUCUGGGUCCACGGCGCCACCCUGAAAGACUUCACAGAGAUGUGGUACUGGGUCUUCCUGUGGUGUCUGUUCUCCUCGCUGUUCGUCCACGGCGCCGGCGGUCUGCUGAUGUUGGUCAUGCUGCAGCGCCACAGGUGGGGCCGCCUCAUCACGCUGGUUCUGGUCAGCGUCGGCUUCCUGGCCUCCCUCUCUGGAGCCGUCAUCACAAGUGCGGCGGUGGCCGGUGUGUACCGCGUGGCGGGGAAGGGCAUGGCGCCGCUGGAGGCUCUGGUGUUCGGCGCGGGCCAGACCUCGCUCUCCAUCAUCAUCUCCUUCUCCCGCAUCCUGGCCACGCUGUGAGGACAAGGGGCGGAGCCCAGCGCCGACCCGAAGGCGAGGAGGAGGAGCGCUCAUGCUGGCCGCAGCACAGGGCGCCCCCUGCUGACUCUGGAGCGCUACUGCAGCCAUCCCUGGUCCAGAUGGAGACUUAUCAGGGAGCCAUGGUUCUGAGGUUCUGGUGCCAAAAUCCAGCUGCUGCUGCUGCUGAUCAGAGAAGAAGAGGAAGAAGUUUCAGCACUUUUAUGUUCAUGAGGAGGAGCAGAAACCAGCAAACACUGGAUCAGACUGAAGGUUCGUCAGCAGGAGUUUCUUUUUCUGGACCAGUUCUCCCGUUCUGGUCCCAGUUCUCCCAGUUCUGGUCCCAGUUCUCCCGUUCUGGUCCCAGUUCUCCCAGUUCUGGUCCCAGUUCUCCCAGUUCUUAGUCCCAGGUCAUGGAGAUGUGGACAGACAUUCCUGGAGUUCAAGGACCACAGUGACCAAUCAGAAACACAUCCUGAUACGAUGCAACAUGACAUUGAUACGUCAGGAUGUCGGCCAUGUUGUGAGGGGCAAGUCUGCUGUGAAACUGGCUCUACAUGAACAGCUGAGAUGAUCGUCGUUGAUGGUAAUGAAACAAAACCUGCUGAAUAAAUACAAAAAAAAAUCUAGAUUUAAAGAACCUCUGAAGAACAGAAAACCAGCAGCACUCCAUGUCAGGGGUUUUGCACGUCUAUGCUACAAGGUUUUCAAAGCUUUUUUUAAUGUUUGUUUUUAAUCUUCAAACUGUCUUAUUUAUUAUUCAUUUGAACAGUGGAGGAUUUAUUACUGAAUACAGAAGGAAAGAUGUUUAUAAAUUAUUCAUCUUUGCAGAUUUUUACUGAUUUAAUGUGAAACUGAUGAGCUGCUGCCCAUUUCUUGUACGUCUCAACAAACGCCCCUCACAAUAUGGCGGCGCAUCACAUGACCAGAAGCUUCUUCAGCAUUAAACCCAUUUCUGCAGUUAAUAAGCAAACAGCGCCCCCUGGUGGAAGCAGGAACCGAUCGCCCAAUAGAAGGAAAGUCGUCUGUUGGUGUUCAGUGUUUUAAUGAAUGUAGAAAUCUAAAAAGUGCGGCAUGCUUUUUUUGUUAGGGUCUUCUGGAGGUUUUGUUCCAGAACCGUUCUGGGUUUGGCUCCAUCCAGCCUCCUCGUCCCACAGCAUGAUGCUGCCAGCACCGUUUCUCAUUACAGUCUAUAAUUUAUUAAUGAUAAUUAAUAAAUAUUAAUUAUCAUUUAUGUGCAGCUGAUUCUCCCGCCUGACCUGGACUGCUGUUAUUUAGGGGCAUCAGAGUAAAGGGGGAUGGAUACAUUUGAUUGCAACAGAUUUUUAUGUGCAGAGAAACUUUUUCUUCUUCUUGGUUUGUCAAAUAAAAUCCUGUCAAGUUUUAUGGUUUCAAGCAGGAAGUUUAAGGAGCCGUUGCCGUGGAAACGUGUGAAUGAAUCCCAGAUUUUCCAGACAUCCCAUUGUUCAGGUCACCCAGGCCAUCUGAACACGGUUCCGUUUCCUCCGGGCCGGUCCGGUUCUGGAUCAGAGUCGUCCCGUUCGGGUCCCAGAACCAGAACUUCUCUCCUCGGCUCCUGGAGGCGUUUCCCUCAGCGACUCGUUUGUAAACUUUUACGUUCAAUCUGCCUCGUUCUGGGCCGCUCUUCAGGUUACACCGGGGGUCAAAGGUCACAAUGCCAAAGCUUUAUUCAUCCCGUUUCAGCUGGACUCUGCAGACAGUUCUGAGUUUAAUCUGAGGAGGUUCUGCUGGCUCUGCGCAAAGUAAUGGACCGUCAGUACCGGCUCUGGUCACCAGGGGGCAGCAUCGCCCCAUCGUGCAGCAGCAGCAGCCGGUGCUGCAGCGUUCUGACCAGAACUCUCUCCGAGGACGUUCUGAAUGAUGUUGCUGGUUCUGCCGACCUCUGCAGCAGGAACGGCCAUGACUGAGGCACGGCUAGGGGUCAAAGGUCACCUGCAGGAGGCCUUCUGCUCAGACAGACAGACAACCAGAGACAGAGAGCAAGCCGUGUUCAUACUGUAAAAUAUUCCCUUUUUUAAUUUUAUACCAGCCAGACCUCUGAUAUUUAUAACUACUGCCUAUUUAUGUACAAACUGAUCUGUACUGUAAAAACUCUACAGUCGUUGAAAUAAAAACCUUUUGCAAUAUGAAA